AGUCUGGCUGCUGGAGUGCGGCGCCGCGGUGGAGACUCUGAGAGCCGGUGGGCUAGCGGGCUGGCAAGGGGGUGGCAGGAGGGCGCGGCGGCCGCGGGGCGCAGGACAAGGGUCUGCAAGGCGGCAGCGUCCCGAGGACCAGCCUUACUGAGACCCGGGCUGGGUCUGAUUGGUGGGGAGGCGGCAGCCCCGCUCACACCAAAGAGGAGGCGGCUGUGGCGGCAGCCGCGGCCCCAGCCAUGCUGUGCUAUGUGACGAGGCCGGACGCGGUGCUGAUGGAGGUGGAAGUGGAGGCGAAAGCCAACGGCGAGGACUGCCUCAACCAGGUGUGCAGGCGAUUGGGAAUUAUAGAAGUUGAUUAUUUUGGACUGCAGUUUACGGGUAGCAAAGGUGAAAGUUUAUGGCUAAAUCUGAGAAACCGGAUCUCCCAGCAGAUGGAUGGGCUAGCCCCUUACCGGCUUAAACUGAGAGUCAAGUUCUUCGUGGAGCCUCAUCUCAUCUUACAGGAGCAGACUAGGCAUAUCUUUUUCUUGCAUAUCAAGGAGGCCCUCCUGGCUGGCCACCUCCAGUGUUCCCCAGAGCAGGCAGUGGAACUCAGCGCCCUCCUGGCCCAGACCAAGUUUGGAGACUACAAUCAGAACACUGCCAAGUACAGCUACGAGGAGCUGUGUGCAAAGGAGCUCUCCAGUGCCGCCUUCAACAGCAUUGUUGCAAAACAUAAGGACUUGGAGGGGACCAGCCAGGCUUCGGCUGAAUACCAAGUUUUGCAGAUUGUGUCGGCAAUGGAAAACUAUGGCAUAGAAUGGCAUUCUGUGAGGGACAGCGAAGGGCAGAAACUCCUUAUUGGGGUUGGACCCGAAGGAAUCUCAAUUUGUAAAGACGACUUUAGCCCAAUUAAUAGGAUAGCUUACCCCGUAGUGCAGAUGGCCACACAGUCAGGAAAGAAUGUGUACUUGACCGUCACCAAGGAGUCUGGGAACAGCAUCGUGCUCUUGUUUAAGAUGAUCAGCACCAGGGCAGCCAGCGGGCUCUACCGAGCCAUCACGGAGACGCAUGCUUUCUACAGGUGUGACACCGUGACCAGUGCUGUCAUGAUGCAGUAUAGCCGAGACUUGAAGGGCCACUUGGCGUCUCUGUUUCUGAAUGAAAACAUUAACCUUGGCAAGAAGUAUGUCUUCGACAUUAAGAGAACCUCGAAGGAGGUGUAUGACCACGCCAGGAGGGCUCUGUACAAUGCCGGCGUUGUGGACCUCGUCUCGAGAAGCGACCACAGCCCUUCCAACUCUCCCCUGAAGUCCUCCGAGAGCGGCCUGAAUUGCAGUAGCUGUGAGGGCCUCAGCUGCCAGCAGACCAGGGUGCUCCAGGAGAAGCUGCGCAAGCUGAAGGAAGCCAUGCUGUGCAUGGUGUGCUGCGAGCUGGAGAUCAACUCGGCCUUCUGUCCUUGCGGCCACACUGUGUGCUGCGAGGGCUGUGCCGCUCAGCUCCAGUUGUGUCCAGUCUGCCGGUCACGGGUGGAACACGUGCAGCACGUCUAUCUCCCAACCCAUACCAGCCUUCUCAAUCUGACUGUCAUCUGAUCUGCCGUCGCGUACUGGACAGGUCGUUUCCAUGAACCGCACUAUUAUAAACUAUAAAAUGAUAGCUCGUGGAGAAAAAUAAAUACUCCAACACCCAUCUGCCAUGCAAUG